AUGUCUUAUCAGCAGCAGCAGUAUCCUUCAGAUGAGCAGUGGCGAUCGGAGAUAAGGAACCCAGAACCUGUCCAUUCGGCAGCAGGUCAACCCCAGCCUUCCCUUUCCACCGUGCAGCAGCCCAGCUCGAAGCCGAACUUCAAGAGAGAUGCAGUAUGUGAUGGUUAUAUCGACAAUCCCUCUCUGAUGUAUCCCCAAGCCAUAAUAGAUGGCAAGGAGUCCUUAGGAGAUGAGGAUGGUGAUAUGGAGAUGGAGGCGAAGAAAUUUGCGCAUAAUAUCGACGUCUCAAACGCUAUCUCGAAGGAAUGCGUAGUGGUUGCAGACGCAGAGAGCGCAUAUCAGCGAUAUGUGGCUAUGAUAGCGGAGUAUAAAGAGCGUCAGGCGAUGUGCAUCGCCAUUGCUAACGCAAAGCCGUGGUUCACCGAGCACCCCGUUACUGAACAACCGGAUAUUGAAAGCGACCAGUCCAACGAGCAAACGCAGGACAGAGAUAUAUUAUCUGAUCUAGCCGACAUAGAGCCCAGAGCACUUGCAGAAUGCUGGUCCUUCUUCCCUAAGGGCAAAUGGCGGAUACAAAAGGACAAGCUCGAGAAAGAGAUUGCAGCUCUCGAAGAAGCCGUCAAGGCUCAAAGAGCACAAUAUAGCGACCUCGAACAUUAUGAGCACACCCUUGCAAAGGCAUAUGCUUACCGCUCUGAGCUUGAAAAACUAAGAGAGAGAAGCCAACGAAGAGGAAUACUCGAAAUCAGUGAGCACAGAAGAGGAUUCACACGUAAGAAGUGCUUUCCCAACUCCGGGUUCGUCUGCGAUAUCACGUAUUGUGGUCAGGAGCAUCCAACAUGGACAUGCGGCGUGCUCUGGGAAGUGUGGUCUUACUUAGUCAGUCCUGUAAGGUUGAGAAAGAGUCUUUGGUGCCGCAUUUGCAAAGGCAAAUUCGACCUUGCGUCUCAUCACCCCAUCCAAGAUCACAAUGUGGGAGCUUGGUAUGACCAUCCGGAGAACACGGAUGUAUGGACGACCAGACGCACGGAGUUAAGUGACCUGGAAGAAGACUAUCGCCAUGAUUGGCCCGAGGUUUUCAAUUGGACGCCGCCUAGUAUCUCCUCCAUGCUUGACAAAAAGCGUGGACAUCGAAGACACCGAGCUCAAAACAGCCACGUUGGAGACGGUGACGAAAUGCAGAUGCACGGGGAGGUCACCGCCACCGUGAACGACGACUCUGAUGCUUCCUCAACCAGCCCUGAGAGCGCACAAUCAAAGCAAUCGAGCGAGGUGCCAGGUGUAUUUCAAAAGACUCCCACCGAAGUGCACGUCUCAUCUGAUGAGCACGAGGAUGCACAGGUACAGGAUAGUAGGUAUGACAGUGAUUCUGGCAUACAUCCUGAUUCGCUUCCAAGCUCUCUCGUCAGUCGUUCCAAUCAAGAGAGCAUCUUCGAAAGUGGCGUUAGAAUGCCGACAACUGCUCAUCUCUCGACGACUCAAGCGCAGCACUAUUAUCCAGACGAGCCCGAUAGGUCCGAGCUCGACGAGGAUCUGUAUUACGACGAAUACGAUGAAGAUCUGGACGAUUUGCAAGAUUCAAUCUGCCAGGGCCUGCACUCGAGUAGGCAGAGGAGAUGGUAA